AUGUAUGACGGAUACUCUGCUGGCGAAACAACUGCCUCCGGGCUUUCGGCAUCGGACCCGUACUACCAUGCCAAUCAGGAGCCAAGAGCGCAGGCGGCGGACCUUGACAGUCGUCGUGGAGAACCGCUUCAACUGCAUCACCCCCUUCACCCGCACCGACUGGAAGCUCUUGACGAACAAGACAGAAUGGGGCAUUAUUCCCAACAGGGCGCCCACUGCCGCUUGCAACUAGAUCGGCAAGACUCACGCGGGCGACUGGAGCAUGCAGCAUACCGCUACCACCGCCAGGAGAUGACCAACCGCGACCAACUCCUGGAACAGCAUCGCAUAGGACGCGAGGAGUCCCGUUAUGGCCAGGGAGAGCAGGAAAAACGCUACUUUCAAAGCCGCUCGGAACCUGCGAUGCAUCAACGGUCACAAAUCCCCGAGUCCGCUGACCCGGCGCUGACAGCAACUGUCGCCCCCGAUGAAGAGCCAGACGUCUUUGAUGAACAAGUGCUUGAGGAACUGCGCCGGAAUGGUAGAGCAUGCGUCGAAACUAGAAGAGGCACAUACGUCUUCUCUCCUUCACCAGACGGACAAACCAUUCACUGCGCCGUGUAUCCGCCAGGUCCUCUUGAAUCUUCGGAGCCACAGCCACAAUACGGAGCCAGCGUGUCAGACGCCGGCACACGUCACAACACGCCUGCUGGUGGGGUGACCGCCCCCCCUUCCGUUACUCCGCACCAUUACCUGCAUGAGGGCAACCAACAAUAUAUGCGAGCCCAGGAGCAAGUGAAGCUGACGUCAGUGGCUCAGAGUGCCGCGUAUGCGGCGUACGCGGAGUCUGGUCACGCAGAACACCAGGAGGCGCAGCGCGCCCACAGAGAAGAGGAGGCGCAGCGCGCCCACAGGGAAGACUUCGGUUUUCGUGGCCAUUGCACCACCGCUCGCCCACAUCAGGCCGGUCAGCACCUCCUCGUGCCCUCCUCCAACCAGCUGCAAGACGAGGCAGCUCCCAAGCUCGUGGAGUUCUCCCUCGACGCCGUCGAGUCUGUGGGCCGGCCGCUAUGCGCUCCGGGGAGCUGUCUCUCUGUGGCUGCCUAUGUGCACACAAUUGAGGAAAGCAACCCCUACCUGAAGUCGCCCGCAGUUCCUGUCGACUCCUACGGACGCGCCGACCUGCAAGGAACAUCCCUGCAAAUGAUCUGGAGAGGCGAAGAGUUUGUUCACAUGAAGGUCUACGAAGAGAACCUGUACGAGUCGAAAGCGGAUGUCGUCGGAUUCAUUAAGCUCCAGUUUGAGUCCCUAAACUCCGAAAACGUGCCUAUGAAGGUGAUGUUGGUCGGCAAGGAAAACGAACCCAAUGGUUUCCUCAUUCUGCGCUUUUCCAUUUUGGGUUCGCUGGCGUCCGUGCUUGGUCCCUCUGCUUCCUUUACUGCGCCCGCGGUAGCGCAACUUACGGAGAGCACUGCCAUGGCUCAGUUUGAAUCCCCCCCUCCUGCGGACAGGCGCCCCUCCCAUUUCGGGAGUAAUUUUGUUGACGGGUCGCCGCUUCCUAGCUCUGGACCUGGCGCGAAACUGCCUACGCUUCCGGUGGGAUUUCUUGGCAAAAAGUCGCCUGAGCAGCAACCAGAGUACUUGUCAGCGCGCCAGGACUCCCAGCUGCCGUCUGCCGAAGCCCUCACCGAGUCCCAAGGCUACGGCUACGUGCAGGACGUUGCGAGCCCGGACGUACACUACUCUGGCCAAAGCAUUCUUCCUUUAGACGCUGCUGCAUCUGCGGAUAUGCGGACGACGGGUGAUGAGGUUCGUUUGGCGCACAACGGCGUUGCCACUCUUGAGUCUCAAGGCGGUCAAGCCGUGCAGUCAGCCCACGCGUACAGUUCAACCAAACGCGCCGGCCUUACCGAGGUGAUCGAUGCGGCGAUGAAGGAGAACCGCCAGGUGCCAAAGAGACCCGGUGCAAAGUCAGCGCAGAAUCCUCCGAAACAGGGCGGAAAUCGGAAAUCGCUCUUCCAGCGGUGGCGACGUGGCUGGUGCUGCGAAAUGAAUCACGGCGUUGAUCUGAACUAA